GUCACAAAAUAGAAGCAGCAUGGCAUUCAGGAUUUUUGCACUGGCCGCCCUUGUGGUUGUCGCUAUCGCCCGUCCAGAUAGCCCGCCUACCUAUGGCUACUCUGCUCCCACACCCUCUUACGCACCUGCAAAGUACGACUUCAACUACGCCGUCAACGACCCACCAUCUGCCAACGACUUCGGACACCAGGAAGCCCGUGAUGGCGACAACACACAGGGAUCCUACUACGUCCUUCUUCCCGACGGUCGUGUUCAGAGGGUGACCUACUCUGUCAACGGAGACUCCGGUUACGUGGCUGAGGUUACCUACGAAGGAGAGGCUCAAUACCCUACUCCACAAGCCACUUACGGGCCUCCUCAGCCUUCUUACAGCCCACCCACACCCGCCUAUGGCUAAAAGACAAUAUAUUUACUGAUACCCAACCCUUGUAAAUUAUUUAUAUUAAAUCAGCAGACUAUA